AUGCUCAAUAUCGAAGAGCGUGAGCUCACCCCACGCGAGCGUAACGAAGUAGAAAUCCCCGGCUAUAUCGCCACCGUCGCCUACGCAUCAACUACACCACGUACGACAUUCGUCGAGCACAAGAUUCCGUUAAUCCCCAGAAACGCCGCGAUAUCAUGGUACUCUCGAACAAUCACGACGACGGUGCUCACCCAUACUGGUACGCUCGUGUACUUGUUAUUUUUCACUGCACGGUACGCCACCACGGGCUUGGGGGUCCUCUUCGGACUGGCAACGUCUGGAGUUCCUUUGGAUGCGUUCGGUUUCAUCAGCCCUGCCAACGUUAUCCGAAGCGCUCACAUUAUCCCGGCGUUUGUUUAUGGCCGGACAUCGACACUCCUCGCAAGCCCUUCUCUAGCUCGUGCUAACGGUAACAACGAGGAGGAAGAGGAGAAUGAUUGGACUUCGGCAUAUGUAGACAUGUUUGUCGACCGAGAUAUGGUCAUGCGGUUCCGUGGAAGUAGGGUCGGCCAUCGAAGUACGGUCUCUUGCAACGCCGUGCUCCGACGUGAGGCACCCACUGCGAGUUCAGUGCAAUGGGAAACAGAGGGUGAAGAUAGCAUGGAUUCAGGGGGAAUCGAGGCUGAUGAAGAGGAAGAGAAUAGCGAUGAUGAGGAGGAUGAAGAGACGGAUUCGGAUUCGGAUCCUGACUCGGACGACGAGUUCUACAAUCUCGGGUCUGAGGAGGAGUAUAGGGACGAGGAUGAAGCCCAGCUUCGGACUGAAGGUCAACACACAGCAGAGCUCGUGCAGAUUGCCGCCCCACCAACGUUCGAACCAACACCUGAUCACGCCACCCACUUCUACCUCCUGUCCACAUAUCGCAGCACACUUACUUGCUUCACGCAUCGACCCCGAUCCCUAUUGGCUGCUGUUCCCGACCCAAGCAUCAAGGUGUCGGUGUCGACGCAAACCACGACAUCAGGCUAUGCCAUUGUGCAGCUGGCACAGUCGUCGUGGCCCUUCUCAGGAAUACAUGGACGACACGAAAUGCGCAAUCAGAAAGGCGUACCUUGGGGUCGCGUACACAACCCGAGCGUUCGCGACUACGAGAGAAAGCACCUCGAGUGGCACUAUGCCAUCUGGGCCACGUUCUGUGCUUCUGCAGUGCAGACUGCUCUCUUCGGCUCAACGAAUCCGAGCCAAUACAUGUGCCCCGACCGAGAUGUCUUGUGCGGGUGUUUGUCGGAUCUGGAAAGACCUUUCACCGGUAGACAUAUAGACUAG